CUCACCCUCUGCAGAACACAAGGUCCAUCCACAGACACCAUGAGAGAGAUCGUGCACAUUCAAGCAGGACAGUGUGGCAAUCAGAUCGGAGCCAAGUUCUGGGAGGUGAUUAGUGAUGAACAUGGCAUCAAUCCUGAGGGAAACUACAUGGGUGAUUCAGACCUGCAGCUGGAGCGGAUCAGUGUCUACUACAAUGAGGCUUCGUCCUCAAAAUAUGUUCCAAGAGCUAUCUUAGUCGACUUGGAGCCAGGCACCAUGGAUUGUGUGCGAUCCGGAGCAUUUGGUCACCUCUUCAGACCUGAUAAUUUCAUUUUUGGUCAGAGUGGAGCUGGUAACAACUGGGCCAAAGGUCACUACACAGAAGGAGCUGAACUGGUGGACUCAGUUUUGGAUGUAGUGAGGAAAGAGUGUGAGAAUUGCGACUGUCUACAAGGUUUUCAGCUCGCCCACUCACUGGGUGGAGGCACAGGCUCAGGAAUGGGCACUCUGCUCAUAAGCAAAGUCAGGGAGGAGUACCCUGACCGGAUCAUGAACACCUUCAGUGUAGUGCCUUCUCCAAAAGUGUCUGACACUGUGGUGGAACCAUACAAUGCUACGCUUUCCAUACACCAGCUGGUGGAGAGCACGGACGAGACCUACUGUAUUGAUAACGAAGCACUUUAUGACAUCUGCUUCCGUACCCUCAAACUGGCCACGCCCACUUAUGGCGACCUUAAUCACCUAGUUUCAGCCACCAUGAGCGGGGUCACUACCUCCCUGCGCUUCCCUGGUCAGCUUAAUGCUGACCUCCGGAAACUGGCGGUCAAUAUGGUGCCCUUCCCGCGUCUCCACUUCUUCAUGCCCGGCUUCGCUCCUCUGACGGCACGUGGAAGCCAGCAGUACCGUGCCCUCACUGUGCCUGAGCUUACCCAACAGAUGUUUGAUGCAAAAAACAUGAUGGUUGCUUGCGACCCACGUCACGGCCGCUACCUCACCGUGGCCACUGUCUUCAGAGGUCAUAUGUCCAUGAAAGAGGUGGAUGAGCAGAUGAUGGCCAUUCAGAGUAAGAAUAGCAGCUACUUCGUGGAAUGGAUCCCGAACAACGUAAAGGUGGCAGUUUGCGAUAUCCCACCCAGGGGUCUCAAGAUGUCCUCUACAUUUAUUGGCAACAGCACCGCCAUCCAGGAACUGUUCAAGCGCAUCUCUGAGCAGUUCACGGCGAUGUUCAGGCGCAAGGCUUUCUUGCACUGGUACACAGGAGAAGGUAUGGAUGAAAUGGAGUUCACAGAAGCAGAGAGCAACAUGAAUGAUCUGGUUUCAGAGUACCAGCAGUACCAGGAUGCCACAGCAGAAGAAGAGGGUGAGAUGUAUGAGGAUGAUGAUGAUGAUGAGUCUGAAGCUCAAGUCCAAAAAUGAACCUUGCAAGUAGUAGCAAAUCUUGACUGCUACAAAAUAUUUAAUUGGUUGCUGGCUGAUACAGGGUGAAUCUCACAAAACUUGCCAAGAACAUGUCCUGGUAUAAUUUUACCCCCAAAUCUGCUUAAAGUAAAUGAAGAUUAAUUUUAGGAGCAUUAACCCUAAAACAGGCAACAUACAUCACAAGAUACAUACUCUUUAUAAUAAUAAUAAUAAUAAUAAUAAUAAAGGUUUAUUCGGUUACUAAACAUAAAACAGAAUGUAUAUACAACAAAUUCAUUAUAAACAAAGAAGGUAACCGAACGGGUGUAGGCUGAAGCCAUGGCUUAUUACGCCUACCCUAUUUACAAAACAACAACUACCCAUCAAAUUUUGAACAUAAACAAUAUACAUGUAUAAACAUAUGUCUACAUACACACAUUCCUAUAUACACAUACUGCAUAUAUACUCAUAUACAUACAUAUAUACAUACAUACAUAUAUUCUUUAGUUUCUUAUAGGGUGUAUGAGAAAGAGUUUCUCACCCAAUCUUGUUAUCAUUUAUCAUAAUUGGAUCUGUUUUGAGUAUGCGGCUCACAUGACUUGGUUAUAUUGUUCUGUGAUCAUUAAGUCAGACUCACCUAAACCAAUAUGUCUGCCCAUAAUGCAGAGCAUGCUGACUUGGUGAUAAUUAAAUUAUAUAUUAAUCUUACUUUUCUUUAGUAAAAAAAAAAGAAGCUAAUAUAAUUGUAAACAUUGUCUUAAAAUGCAGAAGGGUUAAGAUUUUAGGAUCUGUAAUAUUUUCCUGACAAAUAAGCCCAUUUCUAGCAAUUUUCAUUAUUUUAACACACUUAAAAUAGUGAUUUAUUAUUUUAAUUGUAAAGCAGUUUCACAUCAUUUAGUUUAAUCUUAUUUUAAAUAAUAAUGAUUGCAGUAAUAAAAUACAGUAAAAUACAGUAAAAAUGUCUGCAUUACAAUCAUGAGAUCCUAAAGGGAAUCACAAAAAACCUAAAAGUAAAAUGUCUGAACUGCAUUUAAGUAAUUAAAAUGACAUUAAAAAAGGUGAAUUUGCGUGGAUGGAAAUGUGCUUAAGAUUCAUGAAAAUUAUGUCACAAUGCAAAAUAUCUUAAUGAGUUAAAAUAUAACAAAAUUAUACAAUAAAAUAUAGGUUUCAUUUUCUUUAUGCAAAGUCUUUUCUUUUCUGGAAUGUGACCUUGACAAGUUUUCAUGAGAUUCGCCCAAUAGGGCCUGACCUAAUUUCCUAAUCUACAGAUAUCAUCUGCACUGCUAGUUAAUAAGUUAUGACAUGCAUUAGUGUUACUUCAACAAGUUAAUUUUUGUUACUGUGGAUUCUUCUGUUGCUAGCAGUAUUGUUCACUAACCAUACUAAAAAAAAUAUAAGAAUCGUUCAAAAGAGUCAAUAGAUCUGAAUUUCUUCACAAUCUGAAAAUAAUGUCAAAUAAACACUACUGCAU